UUCUGAAGGUCACAGCGGAAACCAUUGACGCUGGUGUUGAAAAAGAAAAGCUAACAGAGCUAACAGUGAGUGGCGUCAGACGAUUUUAGUGCUGCAAACUUCUCCGUUGUCGCUUUUUAAGUUUCUGGCCUGUAGAUAUCCUUUUAACCGAUACAAUCUUUGACUUUGAUACAUGACGACUCUGAAUUAAUAUCGUAAACAUGAUUUCGCUAGCAGCUAACGUUAGCUACUUAGCCAGCUAGCGUUAGCUGUCGGUUGCCUGACAACAGAGAGGAAGCCAAACAAACUCAGCUCACUGCUAGCAGGCUAGCACAGGCUAGCUGGCUGAAGUGAGUCAAAAGAAUUUGAUUAUUUAAACGUUUAGUGAUAUGACUGGUGGCGGGUAAAAAGGACAGAUAAUGGCGGAUGACGGUAGACGAGGAGAUGAAGAUGACCGCGGUCCCGGAGCAGUUCAUCAGGUGUUUGUGGUGAUGGAGUGUUUGCUGGAAAAGUUGAAGGUGUUGAAUUAUGAGGAGGAAGUUCUGGCCAAACACAACAUGAAAAAUCUGUCCAGACAUUACUUUGUCUCCAGUCCGUAUCUGGCAUUCAACUCGGGCGAGCAGUUCUACAUGUUCACCAUCAUUGCAGCAUGGCUCAUCAACGAGGCAGGGAGGCCGUUCACUGAGCCUCAGGAGUACGACGAACCCAACGCCACCGUGUCCAACAUCCUGGCAGAGCUCAGGGCUUUUGGUGUUAAGGUGGAUUUCCCGCCCUCCAAACUGAAAUCCGGUUCCGGCGAAUACGUCUGCUUUGUGUUGGACCGACUGGCUGAGGAGGCUCUGAGGAAGAGGGGGUUCUCCUUCAAAAGACCAAACUACCCAACAGAAACCACAGAAGAAGAGUCUGUGAUAGAGGACGAUGCAGAGCUUACACUCAGCAAAGUAGAAGAGGAGAUGAUCGAGGAGCCUGAUGAUGAGGAGGAGAACGUGAUGGACCUGGAGGCUCUGAAGUUACGAACCACUCACACAGAAGCUGAACCGUCCUCCAAACCAGAUGAGAUUCUGGAGUCGACGGUUGAUGCCGCAGAGUGGAACCUGGAGGUGGAGAGAGUCCUGCCACAACUCAAAGUCACCAUCAGGACAGACAACAAGGACUGGAGGAUCCACGUGGACCAGAUGCAUCAACACAGAGACGGGAUCAAGUCCUCACUCAAAGAGACCAAGAGCUACUUGGACAAACUGCAGGAGGACAUUGGUAAGACUCUUGAGAAGGUGAGCAGCAGAGAGAAAUACAUCAACAACCAGCUGGAGCAUCUGAUCCAGGAGUACCGCAGCGCUCAGGCCAAACUCAGCGAGGCAAAGGAGCGCUACCAGCAGGCCAGUGGAGGAGUGACUGAGAGGACCAGAGUCCUGGCAGAGAUCAGUGAGGAGCUGGAGAAGGUGAAGCAGGAGAUGGAGGAGAAAGGCAGCAGCAUGUCUGAUGGAGCUCCGGUAGUGAAGAUCAAGCAGAGUUUGACCAAGUUGAAGCAGGAGAUCGUUCAGAUGGACGUGAGGAUCGGCGUCGUGGAGCACACGCUGCUGCAGGCCAAACUCAAAGAGAAGUCCAACAUGACGCGCGACAUGCACGCCACCAACAUCCCCGAGCCUGCCGCCGGGCCCUUCUCUUAGGUUCACCUCCACGAUGGGCCCUUCUCUUACAUUCACCUCCACAUCUGGCUCAUCACUGAGGUUCACCUCCAUGCUGGGCCCUUCUCUUACAUUCACCUCCACGAUGGGCCUUUCUCUGAGGUUCGCCUCCAUGCUGGGCCCUUCUCUUACAUUCACCUCCGUGCUGGGCCCUUCUCUUAGGUUCACCUCCAUGCUGGGCCCUUCUCUUAGGCUCACCUCCACAUCUGGCCCUUCACAGAGGUUCAUUUACAUGCUUAGGCCCUUCUCUAAGGUUCACCUCCAUGCCGGGCCCUUCUCUUACAUUCACCUCCACGAUGGCCCCUUCUCUUAGGUUCACCUCCACGCUGGGCCCUUGCUGAGGCUCACCUCCACAUCUGGCCCUUCAGUGAGGUUCAUUUACACGCGGGGCCUCUCUCUGAGGUUCACCUCCAUGCUGGGCCUCUCUCUGGGGUUCACCUCCAUGCGGGGCCUCUCUCUGAGGUUCACCUCCAUGCUGGGCCUCUCUCUGAGGUUCACCUCCAUGCUGGGCCUCUCUCUGGGGUUCACCUCCAUGCUGGGCCUCUCUCUGAGGCUCACCUCCACAUCUGGCCCUUCAAUGAGGUUCAUUUACACGCGGGGCCUCUCUCUGAGGUUCACCUCCAUGCUGGGCCUCUCUCUGGGGUUCACCUCCAUGCGGGGCCUCUCUCUGAGGUUCACCUCCAUGCGGGGCCUCUCUCUGAGGUUCACCUCCAUGCUGGGCCUCUCUCUGAGGUUCACCUCCAUGCUGGACCCUUCUCUUAGGUUCACCUCCACCAUGGGCCCUUUCUGAGGCUCAC